AUGGCUUCCGACACCACCGACGCCAACUACCAAGUCUUUCGAGAGUGCCUAUCCAGCGCGAUUGUCGAGAAAUCCAACCCCCACCGCCCGAGCAAGACGCCCAGACGACGAGGGCCAAAAUCGCGGCGCAACACCAAGACCACCGACUCUCCGCAACAGGAAGACACAACGCCAGAGUCCUCUCUUCCAUCUACAGUUAAUCCAGAAGAAAUUGCCGACUUUAUUGACGUGCCUAACAGCUCCCUAUCGGACGCAAACCAGUUCCUCGCAUCCGAAAUCUUCACCUCCCUCCCCACCGACCUCCAGACCCUCUCCUACGCCGCGCUCCAACACACCCCCUCCCUCGAGGACCGCUACGCAACGCCCCUCCCGCGCACCACCCUCGACGCGCUGACCACCACCCUCCCGGUCUCCGUCCCCGAAUCGCUCACCGUCUACGGCCUCAUCCCGGACGCCGCCGACACCCCGGACUUUCUCAAUCGCGUGGUGGGCGAGUACGUCGCGGGGACGACGCGCCCGCCACCGGUGUGGGCGACGACGCGCACCGACGCCUGCGAGAUCUGCGAGCGCGACUGGAUCCCGCUGUCGUAUCACCAUCUCAUCCCGCGCGGCGUGCACGCCAAGGUGCGCAAGAAGGGCUGGCAUGAUGAGUGGAUGCUGAAUAGUGUUGCGUGGCUGUGUCGUGCGUGCCAUAGUUUUGUGCAUCGCAUGGCGACUAAUGAGGAGUUGGCGCGCGAGUGGUAUACCGUUGAUCGGAUUCUGGAGCGGCAGGAUGUGCAGGAAUGGGCGAAGUGGGUUGGGAGGGUGAGGUGGAAGGCGAAAUAG